GGCAAAGAGGCAAGACCAAAUAAAUUUAAAUCACAUGUUGUCAUUGGCGAUUGCAAAGUGGAAUAUGCAGUUCCAUUGUUGAAGCGAGGAGCUUUAGUCAGAAAACCAAGAGAAUUCGAUUCAUUGGUCGACCAUCGAUUUAAAAAUUGGAACGAGUUUUACGAAAUGACUCGUGAAAUUUAUGAAAGACACUGCAAAGCAACAAGAGUGCUUCCACGUUUCACAUCGUGGUCGACAUGUUAUUACGCGCAACAUUCAGACGACAUUGUCGAUAGAGAUGUUAUUGAUGUUGUUACUCCAGUGCUUUACUACACAUGGAAAGAUUUUGGAGAAGUUCUAGGAUACCAUAUAGACGAGAUGUGGGAUAUGGUUUAUCCAGAAGCCCUAAUGGAACUCCCCCAGCAAACCGAUUUAGUCAGAAUGAUGCUACAGAAAUGGAGUCCAGCCGAUCAACCCAAAACUAUUGCACAGCUUUUGGAAUUGUGUGACAGGAAAAGUGUAGACAUAAAACGAACAGUGCAAUAUCAACUUGUCCGUAUAUAGUUGUUUGACUACAUAUUGCAAAGUGGUAAGAUCAGAGUUAAAUAGAAUUAGU